UACAGCUUCUAGGGGCUUUGCGAGUGGUGUGUCCAACCAAAAGACACCAUCCAAGUGGCCCAAACGGCUACGAAUCACCGUAGCUGUCGGCUCGUAUCUGCUUCAGGAGACUCCAGAGAGCAAGAAGGCUCACUAUCGACAUUAGCCACUGAGAACGUCAAGAAGGGAGAUUUUGACGUGGCGAUCAAGUACUACUCAAGUCGUCCGAAGCCAACGCGAAGGUCCUGUCACCGAAAAAAAAACAUCCGCAGCGGGCAACUUCGCGGCUCUGUGCGAGGAGUUGAAGCGAUACGAGGCCGCACUACCAUACUACCAGGCUGCCAUGAAGAGUCUCAUAGGCGUGAACCCCAUAAGCGACCGCUAUGUCGAAGGCUUGAAUAUUAUGGGCCGCACGACGCACUGGUACCACCAAAUGUACGUCCAGACCCUAUCAUGUACUUCAUGGUAUUUUUUGUAGACUCCAAAUGGUCGCGUCUUACGGGUAGAGGGCGACACGAAACAGCGGACAAGAUGCUCAAGAAGGCAAUCCGCCUGUACGAAAAGUACCGAGGGGAGUUCUCUGAGUCGAGCUCUUCUGUCCUCAAUGACCGCGUGGUGGCGAAGCUGGAUGGGGCAAGCAUUCCCGUGCUUCUCGGUUACGUUCAACUACUAGCGUCAAUGAAGCGAGACAACGAGGUUGUGGACAUGCGCCAGCGCGUGACCCAAAUUGUGUGUGACUCCAUGGCGAUACGGAGCUUAGAGACCACCGUAUUGGACAAAUUCGACGACUUGGUGGCGCUUAACGCCAUUCAAAAGGAGCAUCGUCGUGAGCGUGACUAUGACGGGCACAGCAUGUAGGCACGCGAUACAUGUAAGCGUUGAAAAUAUGAGCGUUCAUUCUUCUCUCACC